GUGGUACCGCCGCUCCUUGUGGGCGGCGGCGACGGCGGUUGAGGUCACGUGGCGCGGAGGCGUUUAACUUCCGGGUCACGUGGCGCUCCCCUGCCGGGUCACGUGGUACUGGUGAAUGCGCCGCGCGUGCUGAACGCGAAGAUGUCGGUGGGAGCAGUGGUGGUGGCAGGUGUCGCCCUGAUGUUUGCUCUGCUCAUCUCCUCCAUUCACCGCAUCGAUGAGGGCCACGUGGCAGUCUACUACAGGGGUGGGGCACUGCUCAAGGCAACGAGUGGACCGGGCUACCACAUCAUGCUUCCCUUCAUCACGUCUAACCGCGUCGUGCAGACCACCCUCCAAACGGAUGAAGUCAAGAACGUGCCUUGCGGAACAAGUGGAGGAGUGAUGAUCUACUUCGACCGGAUAGAAGUGGUCAACAUCCUGGCGGCAGAUGCAGGUGUGUACGACAUUGUGAAGAACUACACCGCUGACUACGACAAGACGCUCAUCUUCAACAAGGUGCACCACGAGCUCAACCAGUUCUGCAGCGUCCACUCCCUGCAGGAGGUCUACAUCGAGCUGUUUGAUCAAAUUGAUGAGAACCUCAAGAUCGCCCUUCAGCAAGACCUCACCUCCAUGGCUCCAGGCCUCUUCAUACAGGCUGUUCGCGUCACGAAACCAAAGAUCCCGGAAGCCAUUCGAAGAAACUAUGAGCUCAUGGAGGGUGAGAAGACAAAGCUGAUGAUCGCGGCACAGCGACAGAAGGUUGUGGAGAAGGAGGCGGAGACGGAACGCAAGAAAGCCAUCAUCGAGGCUGAGAAGGUGGCGCAGGUGUCCAAGAUCCAGUUUGAGCAGAAGGUGCAGGAGAAGGAGACGGAGAAGAAGAUGUCCGAGCUGGAGGACACGGCAUUCCUUGCUCGGCAGACGACAAAGGCCGACGCAGAGUACUACACGUCGCUGAAGACUGCAGAGGCUAACAAGGUGAAGCUGACGCCCCAGUAUUUGGAGGUCAUGCGGUACCAGGCCAUCUCCGCAAACGCCAAGGUCUACUUUGGCCGCGACAUCCCCAGCAUGUUUCUGGACGGCAUGAUGCUGGGCGGCCGCAGUGGACAACCACCCACCGGCGGGGGGGGGCAACGGGAUUCCUCGACCGCCGACGGUUCUCCUGACGACUCCCAGGCCUCGCAGCAGCAGCAGCACUAACGGCGGAAUGAAUGACAUCCGCUACAAGCGACAGCUUGCACGGAAAGAUUAUCCUAGAAUCGGCGAGGAUUGACAUAUCGUAAGAUUAUUCCUACGCUGAACGAUGUGUGCAAGAGUUGACGUGUCAAUGAAAUGACUUUCACAUUGAAUGACUUCUACGCGGAGAGACAUCUACACCGAGUGAUUUUAACAAUGACUCGUGUGGGAAUGACUUGCUGGUUGAAUUCUUCAUUGAUUGGUAUCUUGGCUGGAUUUCUUUAAAGACAAAAUAAAAAAAAAUACAAGAGUUGACUGCUAGAAGAAAUUACAUCAACUAGGAAUGACCUCUAUAGUGCAUGAUUUUUUUGCAGUGACAUCUUGCCUGAAUGAGUUGACACGUAUACCGAUUAAUGUCUGUAUGAAUUUACAUCAAUAAGGACUGACAUUUUUAAUAAGUGAUUUCUAUAACAAACAAAAAAUGACAUCUAGAUAGGAUGACAUCUAGGGACAACCUACACAGACACACCUGGAGUUUCACGACGUGAGGACUGCGUGACAUUGAGACUAACACGACGCGGGGGGAACUUUGCUAAAUGACACCUGGCACACAGGUGUCGUGGUGUCGGCACCACCACACCCUGUCCCAAACUAAUAAACGGCCGCCUCGGCAAAGUGUGGGCGACAACGUGGUGGGGCGCUGUCGCCAAAACUCGGAAAUAACCGUGGGCGCAGAGGUAAUGGGAACGGCACAGAACAUUCGUGUGCACGUGUUUCUGCAGGAAAAAUAUCUUGAAUGGUAACUCUGAAUCGGUUACCUUUUUUUUCGCUUUACCAGAAUCGUGUACAGCGUUCGGAUUCUACAUCGAUCCUUCUCCCCAUGUUAACCUGCUCAAGGAGAAACUGGAAGAUAACAAAAAUGUACCAGUAAUUUCGUAACACGAUUUGAUUUCCUGCAGUGUAUAUGCAAUUUUAGUCUUUGUGCACUAAUGCUGAAAUACAUUAUUUUCGUCAAUGAAGCUGCACCUUGUGGUGUUUCUCAAUCCAUGCCCAACGCCUUGAUUUUGGAACCGCUGUAAUCAACUCUCAAUCAACACUGUGUUGUUUUGAAAGGCGCCUUUCUUAAACCAAUGCGCGAUGUAUAAUUUAUGAUUCUCCGAAAAAAACUUGGGAAAUCCAUACCUGUCAACCCAUAUGGUUUCUACCCCCCCUCAUCACCCCCCCCCCCCCGUAUUCUUGUACAGGGAAAUUGAGUUUUCAGGUCUAUACGGUGUACAGCCGUUUCAAUACGGGCACAAACACAUUUUUUCGUCUUGUGUUUCUCCCUUGUGGUCGGACUUUGUUUGAUGAACGUUGAGAUUUAUAAGUGGCACGGGGUGACCAAUAAGGUCUGAAUUGGACUGUAAAAAUGUAGGCACUGGUAAGGGGUUGACAGGUAUGGAAACCACGCAAUUAAAAUAAUCGGGUUAAUCUGAACCGUAACUUAGAUGCUGUGUUAGCUUUCAUCCAUGAUGCCGGGCUGAACAGGUAACGUGUAUUAGUUUUUUAAGCUUGGGAUGUUUAGAAAGUCCCUUAUUUGACGAGGUCGAGAAUUCCACUUGGUUGGGGCCAUAUAAGCAAAAGAACGGACCCGGAAUGUGUGUUCACUCCCCGAGGAUGUAUAGCCAUUGUGACACCCACCUGAAAAGCAGUUAACUACUUGUAGGAGGCCAUACACAAGUCAUACACAAGUAGGAUUCUAAUAAGCUGCGUGAAAUUUCAGUGUUCUCCCCUCGUAUGCAUUGGGGUUUUUUUCCCCAUACACUAGUUUCUGCCCACACACAAAAACAGAACUCAAAGGAACCCACGAAACAUCCCAAGCACAUCCUUUCUGAAUAUUGUCAUCUAUUGACGUUUUCCUGGGUAAAGAAAGGUAACAUUGUUUUUCGUAGAGUGUUCUUGCUGUGAGCAAAGAACUAGAGUAGCAAAUAUAAUGUUACGAGUUUCAAUUCCUGUGCGGGAUCAACUCGGCCAUCCUUCCAGGGCCAAUGAAUACCAUCUGUGGGAAGUUACACGUGAUCAUCCCAUGAGGAGACUCCCACCAUGGGAAUGUGGAAUCUCCUCCGCUGGCUAAGGGCCACCACGAAUGGAGACGAUUACUGCCCCAGUGGGGAGUCGGGUUUUAUUGCCUUGACCUGUGGAGUCUAUACACUGGACAGCAGCCGUAAUUUACAUCGUACUCGCAAGCUCCGUUCAGCAGUGAGCAGCCAAUGCCGCCAAUGAAAGGAAAGUCCUCAAAUGCACUUUGCGGAUUACGACACCCAGUGGCGAAUCCGUGUAAGCCAUUGUGCCCCCAACCACUGGAUACACGUGGACCCAUUCCCCCCCCCCCCCUCUGUGAUCGCCAAACCCUCCAAUAGCCCGGAUAUUCUGCGUAACACCAUGGCGCUAAGGAAAGACGUGCGAGUGAAUAUCUCAAAUUGGUUGAGCUUUUUUUAAAAUUAUGAUUCAUAUAACUGUUGUAACAAUUGAGCGUGUGGGGUGGGUCCUGCGGUGUGUAAUGUCGCGUGUGCGGCCCCAGGGUCCCCCUUAUAAGACACUCUGCGUGCGAUGGUGCUGGGGUUGUAAAAUGGGCGAACGUAGCUGCAUUCAUGCCGAAUACACCGGGUAAGAAUACAGUUUAAAUAUGAAUUAUCCCAACACGUAGGUCCCGUAAUGAGUAGGAUUAGUGUUAUUCUUACUCGUUUGCUAUGUGUUUUUCCAUUCCAAAUUUUGCUGCAAAAUACUGUGCUCGCCGAACGCAUGCAAUCUUCCUAGGCUAUUGCCAGACUCCUCAAACACUAAACAGCUUCUAGAAUUACUUUUUUUUCCCUCGGGUUUAAUGAGACCGUGGGCUUUAAUUAUUGCUGUUUGGUGCGGAUAGGUUCUGAGGUUUAGUGGUCUUUUUAGUUAAUUAAUUGAGCCAUAUGUAAUAUCUACUUUGAAGUUUGAUUCGAUGUUUUCUUAUUCUCAUAGAUACUAUAUUAUUCAUAUCUUAGCUGUGUAACAUAAAUGCAUAGUCCUGUCCACUGGGCCAGUUUCUACAAAGGCAGUAAGUUUGAUUGUUGCUGCUGCUGCCCAGUAAUGUCUGUGGAGCCGAUCAAAGCGUGCCGUUUUCUGUAAAGUGGAUAUUAAAGACCUUGUAGAUCAUUCACAAGAUUGGGCCAUUUUGUAUCGGUGUAAGAUCUCAAAUUUGAAAUUGACCUCCGUAUUGUUAAAUGGCAGAAGUGGUUGAUGAUGGUGUCAGGAGCACCGUCCUGAGUUCAAAUCUUACAUUCCGGUCUGAAAUGAAAUUAUCUGCCCAGUUUCCCAAUAAAUGAAGAAUAUAACAAAAAAAUUACUUUGAAAUGGUUAAACAUGUAUCGGACGACUUAACCAUGCAGGUCUUUGAGGAGUUGCUGAGCUGUACCAUCCGUCUGCAGUCUUUCCUCAUGUUGACAAGACUCUACUGUUUGUAGGAAGAUUGUCGGUGCAAUGCGCUUUUCUUGGCCUCUUUGCAAUGAUGGGUAUCAAUGUUGGAACUUAAUUUUGCUUCAAUGUCCCAACAUAGUAAACACCAUGGCAGAUGCAUUUCCGCAACGUCGGUGCAUCUUUUGAAAAGGCGUGAAUCUCCCGGUGCAGUUGCUUUCCCCGAGUACAUUCAGCCACUCAUUUUCAUUGUGACACGGAUGUUAACAAUGUUCUAGAUCUGAAAAAAGCUUUUGUUAAAGGAGUUAUAAAAUGUCAUUAAUGAAAGCUUGGUGGAGCCCUUGAGUUAACCUGGAUUGAACAGUGCCUUCUUCGAGGUUGUCCUCUGGAUAGACUUGCCAUCUCCAGGGGAAUGUCGAAUUCCUGCGGCUACUUCAAAGCCACCUGUGGAGAUGAUUCACCAUCCCACGCCAGCUCUUGUUUUGGGUGCACAAAUACCAUCCGAUUGAGUACAUAGGGCCCUUGCAGUCCACACGUAGCUCAAUGUUGAGUGAUCCUCACCUAUAUGCAAGCUUUUAACAAGGGUCCUAUUGUCUCAAGCCUAUACAUCUGGGUGCCUGCGGAACCGAGGAAUAACGUUGCAUACGAGGGAAAGGUUUUUGAAAACGCGGUGCCACGCUUAAUAAUUGGCGGCGAGCUGAUCCCAUAAUUAUGUACUGGGUGAUGUAUAAUUGCAUUGUUGAUGUUAGGAAAUAGCAUAUUAAAAAAAAUAAUAAGUUUCAGCCCUUUUGUGAAUUUAGUGUUGGACUAAAAAAAAGUCAGACAAAUUUGUAGAAUAGUCGUUUCUAUUUUAUGGUUGGCCAGAAUACAUUAUAUUAUGUUCUGUCAUUACUAUAGGCUGUAAUAAGUUAAUGGUGGAUAAAUGCACACCUUCAGCUGUCCCUUACUGUAAUUAAGAUUUGUUGUGGUCUAUGCCAGGUUUGCGACAUGCGUUUCCUCCAUCGUGAACUGUCAAAUGCCUCAGAAUAUUGGGCUGCACUUGCCUCUGUCCGUUUGUUGCCCAGCUGCGUGGCUAUAAAAUACCUGGAACUGCAGAGGUUACAACAACAGACACUGUUAUGAGGAGGAUAUUGUCCUUGAAUCCAGUAGAAUAUGAGAUGUUGAUGGAAAUGAGGGACCUGAUCCACUUGACUUCACACAGCCAGUCUUAUGCCUGCUUGUGUCAAAGCUGCGAAAGCAGUCGGUCGUGCAGGACUGCUUCUUGUUGCAAAUGUAGACUUUUGUUCUGAGGCAAAUGGACCGAUCAAGCAAGGCAGCUUGGGUUUUGAACAUUUGACUGUUUAGUUGAGUCGUUUAAAGGCUGGGCUGAAUUAUUCUGUUGAUAAAGUUGACACCUUUGCCGUGAUGUAAUGUCUUUUCAUUUCACCGUUCACAGCAUGGCAAAUGUGUUGCUUUAUAGGAACUUCAACAUUUUAAAUUGGUCAUGCUGCUGGCUGCGUUAUUUUUCACUCCUGUAGGGGUUUGUUUUCUUAAUUUAAGUAGUAAGUAAAAUGAAAUGAUUAGUUUCUUGAUAAAAAAAAAAUUGAAUAAGAUGGCUGCUUUUUUGUGUCUGUGGCUUGAAAUUCAGCUUUAGGAGAAACACAUUUUUCGCUAAACAAAGUGUUACAUUUUCAGUGACAUGACCACUUGACAUUCCAGAUUUGAACCAUUAUUUCUAUCGAGUUUGUUUAAAAUUAUCAUCCCGCAGUACAAGUAAAAAACAAUGCGGUCUCUGUCAUGUAUUGUAAAUUAUUUAAAUGUUUUGGGGUGUCUUCAUAGGAGUGAAUGAGUUUCCCUUGGACUCAAAUUAUACAAAAUAAAGAGUCCAUGCCGAUCUGACACUUAAAUAUAUUGGUUCGGUAUAAUCCACUAGAACAUACAUGUGUUUUAAAUUUCCUAAUUUAAAAGUUGCGUGUAACCUAUUUGGUUUUACCCCGUGGAUGAAACCUGCCCUCAUCAAUCUACAUUUCAAGCCCAAAAAGUGGUUUUGUGUUUCCAUAGCUUUAGAUUUAUGCAUCCUUAAAAUUCGUUUAGAUGUGUAUUGUUUUCAACUACAAAUGUGUUAUUGUGAGAAUGGAAAAAACGGUCUGGUUUCACGUCUUAAGUGAAUGGCCACCACCGAAGCCACAGUUCAGUGACAUCUCAGUAAAAGUUGCGAUGUGGAAUUGAGCUUGUUGUGGAAAGCUCAUGGGAAAUCUUUAAUGUUGGUGACUUGCAUGGUGUUUUGUUGUGCUGACUGACGCAGUGAGUGAAUGCUUUCCAUUUAAAUCCUGCUAUUUUAUUUGGCUGCCUCUGCAAAACGCUACUUUUUUAACCCUCAGUGACAAACACGAGGACUGCUUGUGAUCUUCUAAAAUACACGCUUAUAGAAUCGGUAGUUACCUUUUGGAUUGUUUCCGUUGUGCAUUUUUAUCGCUUAAGUUGGUAUCUGGUGGGGUUUUUGACGUCUUUAUGACGAUUUGGGGUUUGUUUUGAAGGGGCUUGAAUGGGUGAGCAAGAUUCAUCUCACCCAAAAGUGGCUUAAUAAAAACUAGGGUUGUUAAAA